AUGGGAUUGAUUAUUCAAGCCAAGCAGGGACAACCGGAAGGUUCCGCUGCUCAACAUUUGGUAUUUUGGACGUCGUUGAAACGACGGAUGGAUGAGGAUCGAAUCAGGUUCGCACAAGGGAGAGGUAAAUGUGGAGCUGGCAGCGCUUCGACCAACCAGAAUUCUAGUGCGGGUUUGCAGUUUGUCCUGCGGUCCAAUCGGUUUCCAGCCAGCACAAACACACUUCUCGUGGGCUUUCGUUUCGGAAGACAGCUGGUUAUUGUGGCUACAUGUAGAUUUGGUGACGGAGACGGAUACAGAGUAGAAGGUCUGGACUUUGUUCAAACCCAGCUAGUUGAACCGAUGCGAGAAAAGUCUCUCCAGGACGGACGAUCCGUUUCAUUCAAUACCAGGUUCACGUCGGAAGGCCGAUUACGUGGCCUGACCAGGCGGGCAGAAGAACAGAGCCGUCAUCGCGAGCAGAUCCAUUGGUAG